AUGGCGUCUCCAGCAUGGCGCAACUACGCCACCUUCGAUGGCGGCAGCUCCAGCACCUCCACCACUCCUCGUAGUGCAGCUCCCACCGCGCAAGAGUCCGCCGGCUGCGUGUCCCGCAUCCUCCUGUCCUGGGUUCGACCUCUGAUGUCCCAAGCGCACAGACGGCAGCUCUGCGCCAGCGACGUGUGGCCUCUGCGCGCCCACAUCCGAGCCGACGCCAUCGCCCAGCGCUUCAAUGAACCCCUGAAGCAGCACAAGCAGUCGCUGCCUCGAGCGUUCGCCCACGUGUUCGGCUUCCAGUUCCUCCUCACGGGGCUGGCCAUGCUCAUCUCCAUGCUCUGCAACUUGGUGGGGCCCAUGGCGCUCAACCGGGUGGUCACAGCUCUAUCAGACACUAAAGAAGACGAAGAGACCAAGGUGGCAACUGCUGCCACGUGGGUGGGGCUGGUGUUCGUGGCUCAGGUGAUUCAGGCGCUGGCGGACUGCUACACGGGGCUGCAGAACGAGGUCGUGGCCAUCCAGUGCAUCAGCCUCUUGAAGACGCUACUGUACCGGAAGAUGAUGAAGUUGAACUCCAGUUCGCGCAAGAAGAAGUCCACGGGGGAGUUGACCAACAUGUACACGGCGGACAGUGAGUCAUUGGUGCGUACGGCGCUGGUGGUGCACCAGAUGUGGCUGAUCCCCCUGCAGAUCGUCGUGGUCAGCUACAUGCUCGUGCGGGUGCUGAGCGUCGCGGCGUUUGCUGGGAUUGCAGUCAUUGUGUUGAUGUUGUGGCUGAACCAAUUGGUGUCCAAGAGGAUGCACACGCUGCAACGAGAAGUUCGAAGGAAGAAGGACCUGAGGAUGAAGAAGGUGACGGAGGCGUUCAAGGCUGUCAGCAUCAUCAAGCUCAACGCCUGGGAAGACCCUAUCACGGCGAGGAUCAAUGCUGCGAGGGAGUCGGAGCUGCACUCGCUGCUCAAGAUGAGGAUCAUGACGUCGCUGAGCAUCGUGCUGCUGUGGGGGAUGCCCGUGUUCAUCAGCAUUGCUGCGUUCGGCACGUACUCAGUUGUGCUACACCGUGAUCUCACACCAGCGAUCGUGUUUACGAGCCUGGCGCUGUUUUUACUGAUCCAGGCACCACUACGCAGAAUCACGUCGAUCGUUUCCAUGGCGAUUCAGUGCAGUGUAGCGCUGGAACGGGUGUCGUCGUUCUUGCGCAUGCCCGAGCUGGACGAGAAGAGCGUUGUUUCAACUGAGGUCCCAUUGGCAGCCCCGUAUAUUGUGAAGGGCGUGAUGGUUGCCGUGGAAGACGGGGAAUUCGCGUGGGAUCAAAAUGGGUCGUCGUUAUUGAGGAACGUGAAUUUUGAGGUGAAGACUGGAGCUUUCGUGGUGGUUCAAGGCACUGUCGGCUGCGGUAAAUCGUCGCUGUGUUCUGCAUUGCUUGGUGAAAUGGAGAAGCGUAGUGGAACCGUGUUCGUGGGUGGAACCGUGGCGUAUUGCUCUCAGCAACCGUGGAUUCAAAACAUGACGGUGAGGGACAACAUUUUGUUUGGGCAUCACUUUCAACGGAAGAAAUACGAGAAGGUGUUGGAUGCUUGCGCGUUGACGAGUGAUCUUCAGUCAUUACCUGCUGGAGAUCUCACUGAAAUUGGUGAACGUGGCGUCAAUUUGUCUGGAGGCCAACAGGCUCGUAUUGCACUGGCGCGGGCGUGCUACAGCAAUGCAGAUGUUUACAUUUUGGAUUCGCCCCUUUCAGCAGUGGACACAAUCGUGCAGAACGAAGUUUUCCAGAAGUGUUUGCUCGGACUUCUCAAGCAAAAGACGAUCAUCCUGGUCACUCAUAACCCUGAGAUUAUCACGUCGAGUCACAUCACGCGCGCUGUCACUCUUAAUGACGUCGGCACAGUGAUGGAGACGUAUUGUGCAGAGAAUCAAUCCGAAUAUGAACCACUUGUUUCUCCGAUGUCGAGGGAUUCGUAUUCCUUUUCAGCCUUCGGAGAUAGCGACGCGACUACGCUUAUAAGCAGUUUGAGCGAUGGAACGGGGUCGGAAGACGCGGCCAAUGAGUUGAGUGAUGAGAUCGCGCUUGCUUCCCCAUGCAACGACAGCUUGCACUCUCUCAGAAAGAAGUCCUUGAGCUUUUCUGGCGCCAGUGACAGCGAGCGGGGGAGGCUGAUUCACGACGAAGGGCGAUCCGAUGGUCGCGUUUCUCGCCAUGUUUUUCAGGCCUACUACCACGCAGUGGGCGGACAACCCAUCGUGUCCGCCAUUCUUCUUUCGCAAAUGCUGUGGCAAGCUCUCCAGAUCCGCAGUGAUUUUUGGUUGAGCAGCUGGUCAAAUGAUGCCGGUCGAGCUGGAAACACUGCCGCCAAUGCUGAUGCGAGCACUGUUUAUCGACUGGGUGUGUACGCAACGCUCGGACUAUUGGCAGCGCUCAUGGUAUUCGGCAGGACUGUGAUCGUCACGAUCUAUGGCAUUCGUGCUGCAAGGAAUUUGUUCGAUCGGAUGACCCACUCGCUCAUGCACGCGCCCAUGCGCUUUUUCGACGCGAAUCCUAUCGGCCGUGUUUUGACUCGGUAUGGCGGUGAUGUGGCUGCGGUUGACGUUCAGAUCCCCUUCUUGUUCGGAACGCUGGCUGCAAAUGUCUUCUCGGUCGGUUGUAGUUUGGCCACUGCUGCGUUUUUGAUCCGUUGGAAAGGGUUUCUACUUAUUCCUGUUAUCGCCGUCUAUGCUGCUGUCGGCAGCUUUUACAUAUCGCCUGCCCGAGAGCUGCAGCGCAUAUCGAAGACUACGCUUGCCCCCGUUCUGAAUCAUAUGUCCGAGUCCGUUGAUGGGGUGUCGGUGGUUCGCGCUUUCGGCCAAGUGCAACGAUUCUUUCAAACAAGCAGCGCUAAACUUGACGCGAAUCACAAGAUCUGGUACGCGCAGGUGUACGUGUCGCAAUGGUUUUCCCUACGCAUCCAGCUCGUGGGAAGUCUUUUGCUGCUGGUGGUCACGUCUUCCCUGCUGCUUCUGCACCGACAGCUCAAUGUCGCGCUUAUUGGCUUGGCGUUUUCGUAUUCACUAAAAAUCGCCGCCAAUUUGGAGGGAAUUAUCCUAUCCCUGACUCGCAUCGAGACGAUAAUGGUGAGUCCUGAGCGGAUGCAGGAAUACAUCGACAUCGACCAAGAAGCUCCUGACAGGAUUACUAUGAUGGAUCCACCGGCCCAGCUGGACUGGCCGUCAACAGGAGCUAUCGUCUUCGAUAAGGUCUCAUUCCGAUACAAAGACGGAGGAGACCUCGUACUACGUAACCUAAGUUUUGCAGUCCAAGGAGGCCAGAAGAUUGGCAUCGUUGGACGAACAGGCGCUGGCAAAUCGAGCCUCACAAUGGCUCUGUUUCGAAUCAGCGAGCUGGCAUCAGGUAGAGUGCUGAUUGACGGCGUGGACGCGGGCAAAAUUGGCCUGAAGUCUCUGCGUGAGAAGUUGUCGAUCAUCCCACAAACCCCAGUGUUAUUCAAGGGCCCGUUGCGUGAGUACCUGGAUCCAUUUGACGAGUUUCAAGAUGAGCAGCUGUGGGAAUCGAUUCGGGAAGUUGGGUUAUGCGAGCGGGUUGCGGAAGAUGCGAGUAAAUUGAUGAUGAUCGUCGAGGAGAACGGCGAGAACUUCAGCGUCGGCGAGCGGCAGAUGCUGUGCAUGGCUCGAGCUCUCCGUAUCGUGAUCUUCGACGAGGCGACAGCUGCCAUUGACCACGAGACGGACCAGAAGCUUCAGCGCGUGAUUCGCACAGCGUUCGCGAAGUCAACGGUGCUGACCAUCGCCCAUCGCCUCGACACCAUCCUGGACUCAGACCGCAUCCUAGUGCUCGAUGACGGUCGCUUGGUCGAGUUCGCUUCUCCUCCAGAGUUGGUAAGCAAAGGCAAGGGCCACUUCUUCGAGCUCAUGCGUGAGGGCGGUUAUUUGGACAGGUUCAAGCACCAAGAAGACGUUAGAGCAGCUAGCGUCGCUUAG